UAUAUCUGAACCUAACAUCGUAAGAAUAACUAAGCUAAAACUUGCAGAAUUAAAGACCAAGUUUUUAGCAUUAUACCCAAUUAAAAGACAGAGAAGAGGGCUAAUAAAUGGACUAGGUUCCGUGAUUAAAUUCAUAACGGGUAACAUGGAUGACCAAGACGCUAGAACAAUAAAUCAACAGAUAGAAAACAUUUACUCAAACCUAAACAACGUUACAUAUACACUUUCACACGAACAUUCAAUCAACUUUAAAAUGAUUGAAAGAUUCAAUAACAUAACAUCCCACAUAAAUAACGAACAGCACACAAUAGAAAGAUACAUGUUGAGCACAACUAAUAAAAUAAAACAGGAAGAGGACAUACUAUUACAAACACAAUACCUCAACCAGAUAAACUACAACAUCGACCUUCUAACACACCACUUAACAAACAUAGCUGAGGCAGUAGUUCUGUCAAAACUAAAUAUAAUUUCAAGAUUCCUCCUCAGCCCGGAAGAACUCGAAAACAUAGAAGUCAAAUUAAAACAAAAAAAUAUUGAAGUCAGAUCUAUCGAAAAUAUUUAUGAAAUGCUAGGCAUGCAAGCCUACUACAAUGAAACAAAUAUCAUUUUUAAUAUUCUUGUACCGAAUGUCUCUGAAGAAGACUAUUUUCUAUACCACAUAAUUCCUUUACCAAUAAACAUAACUAAGUUAAUAAUAACAGAACCAUAUAUAUUGUUUAAUGAAAAUUCCACACACCAUCACAAAACACUUUGCCCAUCGAUCGAAGGAACAUAUUAUUGCGGUAUACCGAUCCGACAGGAAGAAACCAAAUACUCGUUAUGUAUUGGAAACUUAAUAAACAAUAAAGAAGCAAAUUGCCCAAUUAGUGACGUUGGAAAAAGGGAAUCGAUCACACAAGUGGAACAAAACCUAAUACUUUUUAUUCACUCACCAGAGACACUAAUAAAUUCUACUUGCAGUAUCAAAACUCUCACAGUAAAAGACACAGCCCUUGUGCGUUUCCAGAACUGUGACGUCUCAAUAAAUGGUAUAACAUACCACGAUGAUACCGAUGCAUAUUGGGAUCAACUCCACAUACCCCCGUUACCAAACAGCAACAUUUCCGUAAACUCCACAAUCGAAAUACUUAGUCUUCAAAAACUCGAGGAUUUCAACUUUCUAACCAACAACAGAAUUAGCAACCUGGAAAUAACCACUACAACAGUUCACUCAGUCACAACAACAACAACAUUACCUAUCACUCCGACCACAACAUCUUCAUUGUGGCCGUCGCUCUAUCUUAAGGGGGGAGGAGUUACGACACCCACCUUAUUGUCUCCACCAAAACCAGUUACGACACCCACCUUAUUAUCUCCACCAAAACCACCGAGAACGUUAACCUAUUGAUUUAGGUCAUAAUUAACGCUGAAUAACCAAUAAAUAUAUUUGUCUCAUAUAACCAAUAUCAUUGUUAGCAAUAAGAACACCAACUAAUUAAUAAGAAAUUGUUUUGUAACUUUUAUUGUAUAAUUCCAAGAAAUCUAGCUUUUACUUUAAUCAUC